AUGAGCAAAAAUUUGUCCAAAAAGAUCCCAAAAUCGUGGCCAUCGGAAAUUGUAUAUUUAAUUGAUAACGUUUUUGAACCAAUUUCUUUGGAAUCACCUCCAUAUAAACUUCCAUUAUCAAAAGAUCAUCCAUAUCAUCCGUUUACUUCUUCACUUUUACUUCCCACCUCAAUUGAUCCAGUAAUGCCAAGUCCAUUUGUAAAGAUAAAAUCAUUAGCAUCACAAAAAGGUCAUCCGGCUUAUCCGGAGAAUGGAUUAUUUGCUGUAAAAGACCUUAAAGAGUAUAGUCUCAUUUUAAAAUAUACAGGUAAAGUAACAACAAGAAUUGAAGGUGGUGAAAAAGGUAGUGAUUAUGAAUUGGGAUUUAACCAACAAUUUUGUAUUGACGGUUGGAGGAAAGGAAGUGAAGCAAGAUUUAUUAAUGAUUAUCGAGGUAUUCGUCCUAAACCAAAUGUUGUCUUUCAUGAAUAUAUUGAUUCGCAUAGUGGGAAGGUGAAAAUGGGAGUUUGGGUAAUUCCAGGAGUGGGAAAAAUUAAAAAAGGAGAAGAAAUCGUGGUCAGCUAUGGAAAAAGUUUUUGGAAAGAAAGAGGAAAAUCAAUUAAUUAG